AUGAUUGGAAGUUAUAAAAAACUCUAUCUCAUUUGUCAUUUCUUCUUCUUCUUCUUCUUCUUCUUCUUCUUCUUCUUCUUCUUCUUCUUCUUCUUCUUCUUCUUCUUCUUCUUCUUCCUCCUCCUCCUUCCUCUCCUCCUCCUUCUCCCCAUCUCCUCCUUCUUCUUCUUCUUCCCCCUCCUCCUCCUCCUCCUUCCUUUCCUCCUCCUUCUUCUUCUUCUUCUAUUCCAGUUCUUCUUCCUUUUUGAUUUCUUUAUUUGCUUCAAUGUUUCACUACAUCUUGUUUAUCUUUCUCUCUUCAUUUUUUACAGUUUUUAUUCUUUCUUGAUUUUCCAAUGUUCUCUCCUGUUUUUCUCUUUCAAUUCUUUCUUUUCCUUUAAUUUUUCAUUUUUUCUUUCAAUUUUCAUCCCUUUCCCUUUCCUUCAAUGUUUAUCUUUUCUCUUCCUGUUUUUCACUUUCAUUCCUUCUCUCUCUUUUCUACGAUUUAUUUUCUUUUUCUUCCAAUUCAGAUUCAUUCUUUCUCUUCCAAGUUUUCUCUUUUAUUCACUUUUCAUUCUUUCUUUCACUUUUCUACUUUUUCUUCAUUUCUUCUUUAGAUUCAUAUUCUUUGUUUUUUUUUUCAAUUUUCAUCCUCUCUCUUUGUCUCUUUCAUUCAGUUUUCAUUCUUUUUCUCUCUCUUUCUUCAUUGUUUUCUUCCUUUUUUUCUCUUCCAUUUUGUUUUCAUUCUUUCUCCCCUUUCUACUUUUUAUUCUCUUUUUCUUCCAAUUCAUAUUCUUUUUUCUUUUUUCUACUUCCAUUCUUUCAACCUUGCAUUUUCUUUUCCUUUGUUUAUUUGCCGGCUUCAAUCUGCCUUGA